GAUUUUUUUAUUGUUUGUCAAAAAUUAGGUCGGCUUCGCUUCCUUUGUAUCGGUUGAAUAAUUGUUUUACAAAAUAUAUCUUGCAACUCGGGCGCUGAUUGGUCGCUGAGGGGAUGCGCUGAGCGCUGAGAGGACCAGAGAGGACGCUCGCUGACGCCAUCUUGACCAGGAGGAGCAGUGGAGAACUUAUACGGCCUUGCAGUGGAGAGUGGAGAGGAGGGCCUCGGAGGUUUGUCCAGUGAGCUAUGGCAGCUGAUGGCCAGAGGUUCUGCCUGAAGUGGAAUGACUUCAGGAACAGUGUCACUGCUGUGUUUGAAGACUUGAGGCAGGAUGAAGAGCUGGUUGACAUUACGCUUUGCUGUGAGGGCAAGAAGGUGAAGGCCCACAGAAUGAUGCUUUCAGCAUGUAGUCCAUACUUCAGGGAGCUUCUCAAGGAAAAUCCUUGUCAACAUCCAGUCUUUUUUCUCAAGGACACAACCUAUGUUGAUCUCAAAGCUGUAGUAGAGUUUGUGUACAAUGGUGAAGUGAACGUCACACAAGGACAGUUGAGCAGUUUUUUGAAGACUGCUGAAAUGCUGCAAGUUCGUGGCUUGACUGGUGAUGAUGAAAAGGAAUCACAAACACCUGCACAGCCGCCCCCACCUGUGGCACGGCACCCACCGAUGCAGCCGAUGUCGCACCAUCCGCCUCCCAGGCACCGGCCGGGGCCGGUCGCCCCGCCCAUGGCGCCGCGCGUGCUGCCACCAACACCCAUGAAGAGGCCACUGGCCGCGCCGCAGCCGGCCCCCACGCCGCCCAAGCGCCCGCCGCCUCCUCCGCCGCCGCCGACCGACUCAGACGUGUACGUGGAGCCGGUGGUGGUGUCCGACUCGCCCGAGCCGCCGCCGCCGGCCUCCCCAGCGGCGGCGCGCGCGCGCCAACCGUCCGGCUCGAGCGGCGGCGGCCCGGCCACGCCGGCCGGCUCCGAGCCGUCCGGAGACGCCGUGCCGUCCCCUGCCGAGUCGGCCACCCAGCCGCCGCCGCCGCCCGCGCCGUCACAGCUGCCGCCGCUGCAGAUGCAGCCGGCGGUACAGCAGCAGCAGCAGCAGAUGUCGGACACAGUGUCGCCGCUGCCGGCCGGCCCGGAAGGACGGGACCCGGCGGUGAAAGUGGAAAAAGUGGACAUUACGGACGAUGAUGUGAGCUUAGAGCAGGCGCUGGGCCAGGUGGUGAACUAUGAGGGCAGCUAUGACUCGGAGCAUUCGAUGUCCGGGAUGAUGCACCAUGACCUGAGUCAAGGUGGCGGUGGCCUUCCCCUUCCGGGCACCUCUGACGCGUCGGCGGCCGGAGUCGCGGCAGGCAUGCCCACACCGGCCGAGCACCAAUGCACACUGUGCUCUCGGUCGUUCAGGUCGGUGUCGUCGUGGUACGAACAUCGCCUGUGGCACGAGGGCCUGACGGACUGUCCGCUGUGCGGUCGGCGGCUCAGCAGACUCUCGGACGUGCGACGACACCUGCAUUGUCAACACCAGGUGCCGCGCGAUCAGAUUCAGACGCUCCUGGCGCAGCGGCGGUGAUCAUGGAGCUCCCCCGUGAAUAUGUUCCCGGCCUGAUGUGCCUGGAGGGAUGGAUCGUAUGAUAUUUUUGCGAGUCCUCACGUUUUGGCUAUUCGCUGUUUUGAUGUGGUUGAAGUUGGUUUACGUGCUGUUGAGCGGAUUGGUGUGUUAUGCUUCGUUGAAUGGAUUUCCUAUUAUUGUCGUCCUCUAGCAAGUUGUUCUGUCCUUCCGUCAUUUUGUCAAAAUCUGGUUGACACGUUACCGUUGUGUACAAGUUUCUAUGAAUACAUAUAAAUUGGAUUGUUUCGUAAUUUGUAAUUGGUGUAGUGAUCUCAUGCGGGAGUUUCUGCUUCCUGGUCAUUUUUUUUUUUUUUUGUUAUAUCGCUUGUCCCCAUUUGUAUUGCAUUUGUAUAUAAAUUUUCGUGGGAUUAUGUUUUAACGUUUAUUUCUGUCCUUAUUCAAUUACAGAAAAAAAGCUUUCUUCUGGUGUUAUAAGCAAAGUAGUACCGACCCGUUUUAUUCCCUUAAGAAGUGUCGAUGAAAAUGCAAUUGGUAACCAAUAACCAUGCUUCACCGUUUUGACAUCCCACGAGCUAAAACUGAAUAUUGAAGUAUGACUUUGCGAAACGAAGUCAAAUAAUGAUGCGUCAUGCUCAGUUCGGCGUUAUAUGAUUAGUCAUAUAACGCUAUUAUUUUGUUUUCAAACAUGAGUUAUUCUUUCUCGUCCACGACGAAAAAAAGAAUAUGGAUGACGUUGUUUUGCUAUCACUUGCUCUACUGGGGUAUGUUGUAAUAUUACGUUAGUGUUAUACAUUCAUCAGCUUCGCUAUAGAAGUUUGUUUCUCUGAACAUUGUUCUCGAAUAUAAUUAAGCUGCUUUUUGUGCUCGAAAUGUUCUUUUGUGCCGUCCGAGAUGGCCUUCUGAUCUCCCUGAUCGUUUCCUCUUUGCAGCCGAUUUUCCAUGCUCGCUUUGCAACGCUCGCUUCAAAAACGAACGUUCUCGGCGACAGCACUUGUCAGCGCACGAGGGUCGCACCACCUGUCCGAUCUGCGGCCUGGCGCUCAGUCGCACCUACUACAUGCGCGUGCACGUCAGCAAGGUGCACAACAUUCCCAUGGACGACGUGAAGCGGCUGCUGGCGAUGCCUCACGUUCCUCCUAGUUAUUGAGCGAACACGAAAAGUGACAUCGUUAUCUGCAAUUUUCGGAGUGUCUGAUUGCGGCAGAUUGAAUCACUUUACGGAUCAUCGAAACCAGAGCUUGUUGUGGGCGCCUUGGCUUGGAUCGCUACUGCCUGACCCCAAUUUUUGAGUGCUCGGAAAACACAAGAUUUUGAUGGAUUCUUUACGGUACUCUGUUCGGUACUCUAUUCACGUUGCACUUCAAUCUUAAAGCUUAUCCGAGGGCGGUCCAGAAGUUAAGGCAAAGGAGUUGGUUGUGAAUAGAGGCGUCAGUGUCAGGUUACAGCCAUGUAAAGGCCGGAUAAUAAUUCGUGGAGAUAUUGUACGUGAUUAUGGAACAAAAUGUAGUGAUAGAAGUGUAUGAAAAGGCGGCUUGUUUUCUUUAGAUAAAUGGAGUCGGUUAUGGUUAAUGGGUUACUUCAAAGCCACUUUUCUAUUUUGAAAUGUCACCUAAAUAUAUGUUCUAAACCUUAAAGGACAGCCACACCUAUUAGAGACUCAAAUUUAACGUAGAGGUCAUGAAUGGUGCCAUGGGGGGAGGGGUGGCUGUGUAGUAGCGACUGCUACAUCAAUGUUCAGUGUACUUGUUCAAAUAAUUUUCGCACCACCUACUGUAUAUCGUCCAUAUUUGUGUUGUUGGAAUUAGAGACCCUGCUGCCAUCAUCCCAUUGUAUUUGUGUCAUCUUGCUUGAUGUGAAAAAGACAUUCGCUUGACGUUAUUGUUCUUGGUCGGGUUUUUGUAAUUAUCAUGUGCUGUUAUCAAUAAAUACUUUUGCGGUUUCA